GAGGGGGAAUAAGAUGGCGGCGGAACGGGAGCCCCCUCCGCUGGGGGACGGCAGGCAGACCGAGGCGGAGGAGCUGGAGGACGGCGAGGACCUCUUCACCAGCACCGUGUCGACGCUGGAGUCCAGCCCGUCAUCUCCAGAACCAGCCAGUCUUCCUGCCGAAGACAUCAGCACAAAUUCGAAUGGUCCGAAGCCUGCGGAAAUCAUCCUGGAUGACGACAGGGAAGACCUUUUUGCUGAAGCCACAGAGGAGGUUUCUCUGGAUAGCCCAGAAAGGGAACUGAUACUCUCUUCAGAUUCUACUCCUGCUGUUACUCCCGUGACGCCUACACUAGUAGCACCCAGAAUGGAGUCCAAAACUAUAGCAGUCCCUGUGGAUUUCGAUAGAUCCAGAGAAGAGAUUGAAGAGGAGGCCAAUGGGGACGUGUUCGAUAUUGAAAUUAAUGUGUCUGACCCAGAGAAAGUCGGUGAUGGUAUGAAUGCUUACAUGGCCUAUAGAGUAACAACAAAGACUAGUCUGUCCAUGUUUCACAAAAAUGAGUUCUCUGUAAAACGAAGAUUCAGUGACUUCCUUGGUUUGCACAGCAAAUUAACUUCAAAAUACCUGCACGUUGGGUACAUUGUGCCUCCAGCGCCGGAGAAAAGUAUUGUCGGCAUGACCAAGGUAAAAGUAGGCAAAGAAGAUUCAUCGUCAACAGAAUUUGUAGAAAAAAGAAGAGCAGCGCUAGAAAGGUAUCUACAACGAACAGUAAAACACCCAACCUUGUUACAGGAUCCUGAUUUAAGGCAGUUUUUGGAAAGUUCUGAGCUGCCGAGAGCAGUGAGCACCCAGGCCCUGAGCGGAGCGGGGCUGCUGAGGAUGGUCAACAAGGCUGCCGAUGCCGUUAACAAAAUGACAAUCAAGAUGAACGAAUCAGAUGCGUGGUUUGAGGAAAAGCAGCAACAAUUUGAAAAUCUGGAUCAGCAACUUCGGAAGCUUCAUGGCAGCGUGGAAGCCUUGGUCUGCCACAGGAAAGAGCUUUCAGCCAACACAGCUGCCUUUGCUAAAAGCGCCGCCAUGCUGGGAAACUCUGAAGACCAUACGGCUUUAUCGAGAGCUUUGUCGCAGCUGGCUGAAGUGGAGGAGAAAAUUGACCAAUUGCAUCAAGAGCAAGCUUUUGCUGAUUUCUAUGUCUUUUCCGAGCUGCUGAGUGACUAUAUUCGCCUUAUCGGUGCGGUAAAAGGGGUGUUCGAUCACCGGAUGAAGUGCUGGCAGAAGUGGCAGGACGCGCAGGUCAUGCUGCAGAAGAAACGGGAAGCCGAAGCGAAGCUCCAGCUGGCCAACAAACCGGACAAGCUGCAGCAAGCCAAGGAUGAAAUCAAGGAGUGGGAAUCCAAGGUUCAACAAGGAGAGCGGGAUUUUGAACAAAUCUCCAAAACAAUACGUAAAGAAGUAGGAAGAUUCGAGGCACACCGUGUGAGAGAUUUCAAAACUGUUAUAAUCAAGUAUUUGGAAUCGUUAGUACAAACACAACAGCAGCUCAUAAAAUAUUGGGAGGCAUUCCUACCUGAAGCCAAAGCCAUCGCCUAGCAAGAAGACCGUUUCUCGUAUGAAGACUCUCUGGGUGUCCGUCCCAACCGAGCUAAACUCCACAGUGAAAUCACUAUAAAAUCAUCCAAAUAAACCACUAUAUAUUUUAUGAAUUAACAUGUG